UGUUGGCGUGUUCUCGCCCCUCUCGCCCAAGUGGUUCGGCCGGCUGCGGUAGUUGUUCAAUGCGGCGCUGAUUGCCUCGCCUCCGACCCCCACAGAAUAUUCAAUUUGUCCAGUUCCCCCAGAGGUUGUGGCCAUGUGAAUUCAGCAUUUCUUGACAUUUCAGACAAAGUAGAACAGGGAGCACAGGAAAAGUUAUUACCUCUCGAAGCAUUAUUGGAGGUGGUCAACGUCUCUACAGAAGUUACUGGCUUGACAGUUGAUCAGGACAGCUGCCAGACUCCUCAUCCCCCAUGCUCAACUGAGACUGAUGUAUAUGAACCGACACACGUCGGUGGUUAUGCUGCCUUGUUGCGACGAAUUCUUACCUGGAGGUUGCCCACGCUAUUAUUGGGAGGCGGUGGAUACCACUUCGCAGAUAGUGCUCGUCUCUGGACUCACCUGACACAGGUUGCGAUAGAUGAGACCAAAGGCUUACAACUCUCUUUAGAUCCUGAUAUUCCCAUACACUCAUUCCUUGAGCGCUAUGGACCAGAUUAUACCGUCCAGGUCUCUGCCGAGCCCAACCGCCGGGAUCUAAAUAUCCCAAAGACAGUCGAUGAGCACGUUCGUCGUCUUCUUCAUCAAGUCGACAUGUAUGCUGAACUUAACGGGCUUGAUCGUACACCUCUGACAGAAUCCUCAUAA